AUGUUCGAAAAUCCCUCCCCCUCCUUUGAUGUAGACUGGAUCGACGAAGCCCUAACUUUCGAAUACGUAACCCAACUCAUCGGCCGGCUCAUCUGCCUCGAAGAAGCGGGCGAGAACUUCUCCGGCGUGGACUACUGGCAAAAGCAUAUAUUCGCCUUUAAAGUUCUAAAAGACGACUGGUGCGGAGAGAGCUUGACUAGUUUUGUAGGGUUUAGGGAGCGGGAUUUUGAGGCUUUGACUCCGCCGUAUAAUGGAGUUGAUGAUGCAAAAGCAGAGCCCGAGUCAAAGUCAGACCCAGAGUCAGAGGAGUACAGUGCAAAUUAUAAAAAGGCAGCGUUUCUAAUCUGGGAGAUGCUCGCUAAUGCAUCGAUGUGGAAGGUGCCACAUGCGCAUGAAUUGACGCAUUCGGUGCAGUUGGUGACGUUGUUGGAUUUGCAGGAGAAUGAGGGAAUGGAUGCGGCGCCGGGGACGUUUGGGAAGUUGUUUAGAUUCGGGACGGUGAAUUUGAGGCAGACUAGAGAGGGGAUUGAAAUGAUGCCCACGCCGAGACCGAGUCAGACGUGGAAGAAGGGGGUGCUGGAGGUGUAG